CCUGCAAUGUUGCCCGAAUGCCUGAUGAAAGUUCAAGAAACAGUAAGAGCUGGAGAAGGACGCUUUUCAUAGUAUUUCUUGUAAAAUCCUUCAUUUUUUAUCAAUGGAAAUAACAAGCUGGUACGAAAAAGAUGAAUCUCUACGUGCUGCUUACUUUGUGUUAGUGAUACUCCGUUUUUUAUUUUCAUGUUUUGUCCAAAAUGGCUACUUGUAUCCAGAUGAAUUCUUCCAGUCCUCAGAAAUUAUGGCCAGGGACAUUCUUCAAAUAAAUUCUACAAUAACUUGGGAGUGGAAUGAAGCAUUUCCAGUCAGAAGCCCAAUAUCAGCAUUUCUAACUUCAGGAAUUCCAUUUUUGAUCCUCAAAUUAUUAUCCAAAUUUGUUGAUCUUCCUCCUUAUUUAUUUUUGAUAUUUCCAAGAAUUUAUAUUACAUUCAUCUCUAUAUUAUCAUUUGACAUUCCUGUUUAUAUUAUUAGUCAAAGAUUGAAACUGAAGCCAUUUUAUUGUCUGUUUGUAUUGUCUACUUCAUAUGUGACACAUGUAUUUGCAACAAGGCCAUUCUCAAACACAUUGGAAACUGGUAUUUUUGGCAUAUUACUUGUGCUGUUCACACACCCUGAUAAUAUGCAGCUCUCACGUUCUAUGCUUGAAGUUAUGCCAAUUUAUAAAUGCAUCCUGAUUGGUAGUUUAACUUCUUUGGGUGUUUUUUGCCGACAAACAUUUCUUGUGUUUGCAUUGGUUCCUUACCUUGGAUAUCUUAUAUGUCAGGUAAAAAGACAAACGCACAUGCUCCAAAUUGUGGACAGAUUGAUGUUUAUGGCACUUGGAUUUCUUAUUACUACAGUAGUUUUUGUUUUACUGGAUUCUUGGUACUUUGGCUAUUUAGAACAUGGCAAAAUUGUUCUUACAUCAUGGAAUUUUAUAAAAUAUAACUCGUUACAAUCUCACACUCAUGGACACCAUCCUUUCUUCACUCAUUUUCUCGUCAAUAUACCAUUAUUAUUUGGACCAAUAGCAUUUCUAUUCUACUUUAAACUCGGGUCAUUGUUGUUAAGCAGAUUUUGUGGUUCCAACCAGCUUGAAACGAAAAACCAAGUUGAUCUGGGUGACAAAAAGCCAUAUAAAGUAUCCUUGGUUCUCUGUGUUUUUGUUCCAGUAUUGAUCCUUUCAUUUAUACCACAUCAAGAACCUCGGUUUAUGAUGCCUGUUAUACUUCCGUUAGUACUGUUAUUUUCAUCUAAAGUAGUGGGUUUAAAAUACUCUCCCACAAUACUUAUGUCAUGGUCUAUUUGGAAUGUGAUUGGUUGCAUAUUCUUUGGUGUUCUACAUCAAGGUGGUGUUGUGCCAUCAUUACUUCACCUCCAUAAAGUAAUUAAUCAAAAAGUGCAGAGUUCAACAGAAUCUUAUUGCCACCAUGUGGUAUAUUUCCAUACAUACAUGCCUCCUACGCAUCUCCUCGCUUGGCCAAACAAAGUGCCUAUCAAUGGACACAAACUUUAUAUCCAUGAUCUUGCUGGCAGUUCUCAAGAAACAUUUGAUCAAACAAUGUCAAAAUUAAAGUCAGAUUACUGUGUUAAAAAUAGAAAUGUGGUAAGGAUGUACUAUUGACAGAGGUUAAUUCAUACAUGUAUGUUGAAAAAUACUUCUCAAAAAACAGGCAUCUUUCUGGCAGAAAAAUGCCUUUGUGUCAGCAAAAUCCAAAAUAAGUGGUAUUUUCCACUGGCUGAGGUACAAAAGAAGCUGAAAAUGUUUUCUCACACACUGCUUGGGACCUGAUAGAAAUUGGGUGGUGCACGUUAGAUGAGCACAUUUUUGUUGUUGCUCACCGUAGCUUUACAUAAAUCCCAUCUGCCCACCCUUUGUUAAAUAAAUAUUACGAAAAGCUAUAAAAUACAGGUUAGCUAGGUUAUGUAAAGUAUAUUUGUACAGAUAGCAAAGCGAGUAUUGUGUGAAAAAUAAAUAUCAAGUGUGCAGCUGAUGCUGCAGCAGUUUCCAGCAGUAUGGGAGAAAACAUUUGUGAACCAAAUGUAAAACUUCCUGCACAUGUAGAUUUCAAAAAAUGAGCAGUACCACAUAUGCGGGCAAACUUCAAUGUUGACUCAUGAUAACCUUGAUUGGAAAUUAUAUGGGAUUCCAAUAUAUAGCAUGACAAAAAUUCCAGCAAGUCAAAAUUUCCUGUGAAGAUAUUUUGUUGAAAAUUUCCUGGCAGUGGUGCACCAUCAAUAAUGUGCAUCAUUGUUUUUCUUCUAGGUCUACAUUGUGUACCCUGCAACAGUCCAGAUUCCUGUUAAACCUGAAGAUCACAUGAACACUGUGACAUUCUUUCCUCAUUUAACAAUGGAAGAUCCUCCUAAUUUUCACCAACAUAUCACUGAUCUGAUUUUUAUUAAGAGUGCCAACGAUACAAAUACUUCAGGCAUGAAUAUUCUAAAUACAGGUAGAGCAUAUUGGAACCAUGUUUGUGGUCAACUAGAAAAACUAAAAUAUGAACUUUCUUUAAAUUUUUAUAUAACUCAAUUUUAAACUGAUUGUAGGCUAGCUUAUUUGUAUUCUGGUGUCACAGUGGAUUUGGACCCCCCAGUAGAUUUGGACCAGGGGGGGUUCAAAUCUCCUAGUAGAUAUGGAUCCCCGGUCCAAAUCUCCUAGUGGUUAUGAUCUUAUGGACCCCAUUUAGCGGAUAUGAACCCCCUUUUUAAACACUUUUAUAUAUAUUACUAAAAACAACCCCAAUAACGGUGAAUAUGUUAAAUUCAUUAGUUUUCAGAUACCCGGAGCUACUUAUCAACCACACAGUCAUUUAUUGUGAAUAGAAAACAUUGGGUUUUUUUAUUGCCAGUGAGAUGCAAAUUCAACAAUCUUAAACUACAAAUAAAGUAGAAAGGUCCAAAUGGAAAGUAACUAUACAACUAUAAAAGGAUAAAUAAACACACUAAAAACUCAUGUAGCUAUACGUAAUAUGACGUUUAUAUGACCAGAAUAGAUAAAAAAGGCUUUCGUUUAGAUGAGUCACCAUCACUUGGCUAAAUUGUAGAAUACCCGUCCACUAGUCAUUUUUCACUGCGUAGCUACAUUUUCAGUGGCUACGCGGCUACGCAGUCACGCGCUAUCAAAUUACAAUAUCAAGGAAUAUAACGGAAAUACCUCUCUUUUGGUAAUUUUACACCAAAUUAUACCACUGCAUAGCCACGUGGCCACUAAAAAAAAAUACCUUCCCAUUACGUCAUUAUAUCAAUGUCUCGUUCUUUUAAAAACUCACUGCGUAGCCACUAAAAAAUAUACCUUCCUUCCCAUUACGUCAUUAUAUCAAUGUCUCGUUCUUUUAAAAACUCACUGCGUAGCCACGUAGACACUAAAAAAUACCUUCCUUACAAUUACGUCAUUAUAUCAAUUGCCUCGUUCUUUCAAAAACUCACUGCGUAGCCACGUAGCCACCGAUAGUUCUAGCGGGUCUUCAAAAGUGGACGACGGGUAUUCUGCAAUCGCUCCGAAUUGGCUUUAUAUUAUUGUAUUCACAUUAGGCCACAUAAAAAAAUUACUUGUUUAGCGUCCACCCAUUUUAAUUUUUCUAGGUCGGGCGGGCGGGGUUUUUUUUUUUUUUUUCGUAAAAUGCAACACAAAAUUCUGCUAAAUGCAGGAAAUCCUGUAUAUUACCACAGUCAAAACUCACUUUAACUCUUUCAUAUCCGUUCAUGUUUUUUAAUACUGUUCAUGUUUUUAAUAAAACAGAAAAUUACCGUUUGGCGGUCACGCGCGAACACUUUACCUGCGAACAGGCAUAUCUGGGAAGGAAAUACUUUGUGUAAACGUAUUACAUACUCGAUCCCGGAAGAAUAAAAUCACCAUUUUUUCCAAGUAAAACGGUCUUUUUUAUAGAAAGUUUUUGCACUAAACUCGGACGGAUUUUGAAAAAAAAAAUUGGAGGUCGAGGACUUUUAUCAAGUCAGGCGGGGACGCUAAACAAGUAAUUAAUUUUUUUAUGUGGCCUUAUAUAUUUACAUAUAUUUAACUUUUGAUGGGGGGGGGGUCCAAAUCCGCCAACGGGGUCCAUAUUUAUUAGUAGAUAUGGACCCCCGGGGGUCCAAAUCAACCGGGACACCGGUUUAAUUAAGAUGUGUUAAAUCUAGUACGCGGACGUGCCAAAAAACACACCCUAAAUUCGCAGUGUCAGCAAUAUAGACUAUUUUUGUCAACAGAGAAGGUAAAAAACACAUUUAAACUGGUAACAAAUCCAACAGAAAAGCAUAAGUAACUGUCUUUUUGUCACGUCCACGUACUAGGUUUAGCUCAUUUUAAGUUACAUGGUAGCUCAAUUUAGUUACUAGGUUUAGCUCAUUGCAAAACAAUUGGAGUACGCUACGUUGCAAGUAAGAAAGAAGAAAUUCAUAUUUUCGGUAUAAAUUGUUGACAAUUCAUAUUUUC